CCUUUGGAGUUUGAUAUGAUGAUUAGGGAAUAACCGCAGGGACACGUCGCAAACUGCCCAGAACCACGCAGAACCUUCCCCCGGGGACUCGGCUCCAAAACCGCUCAGUGAGCACCCCUAAUUAACCUGAUUUUUUGCUGCUAAUCACUCACAAUGGAAUCAAAUCACAAAUCCGGGGAUGGAUUGACCGGCACACAGAAAGAAGCCGCCCUCCGUGCGUUAAUUCAGCGAACGGGAUAUAAUUUGAUCCAGGAAAAUGGGCAGAGGAAAUACGGGGGACCCCCACCAGGCUGGGACGGCCCUCCUCCGGAAAGGGGCUGUGAGAUCUUCAUUGGGAAGCUGCCCCGAGACCUCUUUGAGGAUGAACUUAUCCCCCUCUGUGAAAAGAUUGGCAAAAUCUAUGAGAUGAGGAUGAUGAUGGACUUCAAUGGCAACAACAGGGGCUAUGCCUUUGUGACCUUCUCCAACAAACAGGAGGCCAAGAAUGCAAUAAAGACACUCAAUAAUUAUGAAAUCAGGAACGGGAGGCUCCUGGGCGUCUGUGCCAGCGUGGACAACUGCCGCCUGUUCGUGGGGGGCAUCCCCAAAACCAAGAAGAGGGAGGAAAUCCUGGCCGAGAUGAAGAAGGUCACGGAUGGCGUGGUGGAYGUCAUCGUCUACCCCAGCGCCGCCGAUAAAACCAAGAACAGGGGCUUCGCUUUCGUGGAGUACGAGAGCCACCGGGCAGCAGCCAUGGCCAGGAGGAAGCUGCUCCCAGGGAGGAUCCAGCUGUGGGGACACCCCAUCGCCGUGGACUGGGCAGAGCCCGAGGUGGAGGUGGAUGAGGACACCAUGUCCUCGGUGAAGAUCCUCUACGUGAGGAACCUCAUGCUCUCCACCACCGAGGAGACCAUAGAGAAGGAGUUCAACAACAUCAAACCAGGUGCGGUAGAGAGAGUAAAGAAAAUUAGAGACUACGCUUUUGUGCACUUUAAUAAAAGAGAACAUGCAGUGGAGGCCAUGAAAGCCUUGAAUGGGAAGGUGCUGGACGGGUCCCCGAUCGAGGUGACACUGGCCAAGCCRGUGGACAAGGACAGCUACGUGCGCUACACGCGGGGCACGGGUGGCAGGGCCCCGGCGCUGCAGGGYGACUAUGCCUACGCCCUGGGCCACCUGUACGAGCCUGCCACCGCCUACCUGGGUGCCCCGGUGUUCUAUGCACCCCCAGCCUAUGCCGCCRUGCCCAGCCUGCACUUCCCCGCCGCCAAGGGGCUCGGCACCCGCAGCAUCCUGCGGCCGCCCUCCGUGCGAGAAAUUUACAUGAAUGUACCUGUAGGGGCUGCGGGCGUCCGAGGCCUGGGGGGCCGUGGCUACCUGGCGUACCCGGGCCUGGGCCGUGGAUACCACCUCAAGGGAGACAAGAGGGCUGAGGAGAAGCUCUACGACCUCCUGCCAGGGAUGGAGCUCACCCCCAUGAACCACGUCACGCUAAAGCCCCAAGGCAUUAAACUGGCCCCUCAGAUCUUAGAAGAAAUCUGCCAGAAAAACAACUGGGGCCAGCCUGUGUACCAGCUCCAUUCUGCCAUUGGCCAGGAUCAAAGACAGCUCUUCCUCUACAAAAUCACCAUCCCUGCCCUUGCCAGCCAGAACCCCACCAUCCACCCGUUCACGCCGCCCAAGCUCAGCGCCUACAUCGACGAGGCCAAGACGUACGCGGCCGAGUUCGCCCUGCAGACCCUGGGCAUUCCCGUGGAGGGGGCCGAGGUGCCUCCUGCAGCACCGGCUUUUCCAGGAUACACCAUUGCUAACGCAGCUGCCACUGUCACAGCCACCCAGCUCAAGCAAGCAGUGACAAUGGGACAGGAUUUGGCCACUUAUGCCACCUAUGAAGCCUAUCCUGCCUUCGCCGUGGCCGCUCGGAGCGAUGGCUACGGAGCCUUUUAACCCAAUUCCCUCCAAACCCAGCACAAGCAGAAAGGAAAAGAAAACCAAAUCCCAGUCUGGUAAUUCUUACACCCUCGUGGUCUGAAGCUCAUCUGUGGCCUGARGUUAAUUUUAGUUGGAGCUUCAGUUUUGUAGGUCUUCAGUUUUUUUAACGGGAUAUUAAGGCGGGGGAAGGAGAAAUUUAAAAAAUUAUGCAAAAUCAGAUUUUCACACAGGAAAGCAAAAGCUCAGCCCAGGAAAUGUGAGGUUCUCAGGUGUACAUAUAUAUUUUUAUUGAGAUACAUUUAUACACCUACUGGGUGUGUGCUUGCAACAACAACCUGUGCUGAAAACAGCCCCUGUGGCCAUUGUGACCCAGGACUGGGGAAGGAUGGGGUGCCCCAGCAAACCCCUCUGUGCAUCAGGAAUUCUCCCACAUCCAGCCCAAUGUUUCCCAGGCCAGGCAGAGCAGUGGUGCACCUUGGCCACUCGGGUCUGCCCCUCUCUGUCCCUGAUCCCCCCUGUGCCACCACCACGGGGCAUCUCAAAGCUCUUUGAAAUUCUUCCUGGCACAGCCGAGGCAAAAAGUCAUUUUUCCCAAGCAUUUCUGCCCAGCCUAACAGGCUACUUCUGAACAGGUUUCCGUGCUAAUUUUAUUUUUAAAGCAGGCCACAAGCAUUCAGCAGUUUUCCCUCUUACUUUGCUCCUUCCCAGCCAUAUCCACAAAUCAGCAAAGAAUGGUGUAUUUUUGUGCAUUUUCCAUCGAAUGGCACAUUCACUGGARGAUAGGGAAACUUUUAAGCCUGAGGAGCAGAAAAGUGCUAUUCAUUAAGGCCAAUUCUCUUCUUAAUUAGAGCACGAGAGCUCGCAGCCAUGGCCCAGUAAUAGCAGGCACUUCGACAGGAAUAAAAUUAUAUCCAAAGAACAUUUUCCCAGGUUGGAAAGAGCCCUGCCUGGCUCUGAGCACUGCUUUACACAUUAAAUCAAGGCUGCUGCCUGCUCUGAUUCCAGCAAAAAUUAAUGUAGUGGAAGAGGGUUCACACCAGCAGUAAAGGCACCUCUAAUUUUGGAGAGCACCAGAGCUGGUGUUGUGUUUGAGCCCUUUGGGGUUGCUGGGAGCAUCCUUUCGUGUCCCACAGGAGGCCAUUAUCCAUUUAUUUUUUCCAUGGGAUAGAGGCAGGAGUUGUGAUGCUGUGGAGACAGAACAGGACCUCAGUGCUGGGUGACUGCAGCAGACACAUCAAUCCUAUGUCAUCAAUCCUGCUAAGGAAAAUUUAUUUUAUUCUGUCUAGAACCAAAAAAAACCCCAUUCUGGGAGGAACUGGGUUGAUGACACCCAGCAGAUCUGGCCCCAAAUUUUGACCUGCUUUAGAUGCUGGGAUGUGGCAGAGUAGAAGCCAUUCCAAGGGGAGCUUUUCCUGUGCAUCCCCCAAAAGCAUGAGGGUCUGUGAUGAGGUGUGGACUACAGGAAUUAAAUAUUUCCCAUCCUGACUUGAUUUGCCCCAGAAUGGAACAAACCCCAUGAGCUGUAAGGUCUGAGGCCCCUUUAGCCCCCUCUUAUUUACGAAGUAGCUCGUUAGGGUGAUCCUAAAGGUAUUACAAGCCCUCUGUGGCUGCUGCUGGCCACGUUUGGCUUCUCAGCAAAGGACAAACCUGGUCCCAGGGGGCCAAAUAACCGAGAGUGUUACGGAUUUCGUGGCUUUUUUUUUUUUUUUUUCUGUUCUGUCUAUGUCUUUAAGUGGUGUUUGCCAGCGAGGAACACAGCCAGGAGUGUCUCUCAAAGCGUUGGCAGGAAGUGUUUCUCGCUUUCCACGUUCAGUAAGUUUAGUCUGCUUUUUCAGCUAUUUAUAUAAGUUCAGGARGAUGUCAAAGCAGAGGGCAAGAAGCAGUAUUAAAAAUGUGUGCAUGAAGCACUUAUUUUUGUACGAGUAGUACAAGGUUUGUAUAGAGUUUUAACACUAUGAAGUGUAGCUAAAAAUCACAGUUUCCAUUUACUGGAGGACAAUCGUGUGUGUUUGAAGGGAAUGAAGGGGAAAAUGGCAUCUCAAUCAUCCGUUACAAAUUAGAACCGGGGAGAAAUUCUGUGAAGCAACUCUGUGAUUUUGAGUAAUCCGAGGACAUUCACUGGACUUUGAAAUACCAUUAAAACUUUUUAAACACAAGCCUCAGUCCUUCUAUAUGGUAAAUAGGAGCACACUUUGCUCUGGAGGGAUCGAUCCCAGGUCACACUGGCAGUGUCACAAGCUGUUCAGGAGUGCAUUCCACGUGCACUUUGGUGACCCUCGCCCAGCACAGAGAACAGAAAACCAGCAGUUUUGUACUUCUGCACUUUUAAAUGGAAAAAUCAAGAGUUGGCCUCUUUCCCCAGCACCUCUUUGGUCAGUAUUUAUUUAUCUGUCAAUGCUACAGGAAUUGGAUUUACCAUAAAUUUAUUACCUGAUCCCAGUGGAGAUUUCUGGGGACWUCAUAUCAAUAAUGAGACAGCACCAUGCAAAAACAAAGGGUGAAUGG